GUGAUCACGUGAUUUUGUGUUUUGUUUUUUUUAAGGAGACAGGCUGGGAAAGAAAGAAAAGCAUUUUUUGCAAUGUAUUAGUGAACUAAACGGAAUAAUAAUACCUUCUACAAAACGAGACGGGCAAGGAGAAAAAUAUGGAGUUUUUGUGAAACACAGCGUCACUGGUGUUAUUUUGAAGAAGAAGAAGAAGAAGAAGAAGAAGAAGAAUGAUAGUACAGGGACGAUUAUGUUGAUAAUGACAAUGAACUAGAAUUGUUUAGACAAUAAAAAGGCCUCCAGACUCUUAAGGAAUGACUGUGAGUUCGAUUGUAGAUACCUAUUUGUAUAUUCUGAGCAGAGCGGGAAACUUCUGGCUCAGCCAGGGUCAAAGCCGAGCGUCUUUACAGUCGACCAGCAUUCAUUGCAGGAUAAAUCCAACCAGGAUCCUUCAUAUCCGAAGACCACUCGGUGGUAAAGUAGCAUACUUGAAGUUUGGUUUAUACUCUAUUAUUUCCCAGUUCAGUACCUCAUUAUCACGUGGAUCAACCAGCCUGAGCCAUUGCAUGUCUCGAAUCAAGAACACCUUGGAGUCUGUUUCAAAAGCCGUCAGCAGUACUCAUACCGAGUUCCUGUUGAAAAUUGUCCGACUGAAGCCAAGCGCGAGUGCAGCAGGGAAGGAAAUAGAAUCCAUAGUACAGUUUAAAAGUGAUGAUUCUGACAAACCUGCGUCGGUUGCUGCUGAUCUAAAAUCUAAUAAACUUGAAGACGAAAAGAAGUCCUUGGAGAAACCCAUCCUAGCUCAUGGAAAUUCAGCACCCACCAUAAGUACUGCAAAUAAUAAUUUAGAUCAGAAAUCGUCCAGAGAUUCUUCAGCUGCUACAGGUAGAAAACCAGAUCUUUUCCAUCCUAGCUACUUUACCACCAAUUUUGGUGAAACCUACAAUUUUGUAGCGACUCAUGUGAAUGUUUAUUUUGGGGGUAAAACAGACAUGGAUCAAAUAAAGCCUGAUAAAAAAGAUGAUACGACCAAAUCUCCGAAUUCAGCAAUGUCUUCUGAAUCCACACCUGCUUCUGCUGUUCCAGCUUCUGCUAAAAAGAGAAUAGCCCAUGUCCUGUCGUACUCUACCAAUAGCGUGCAGGCAUUCAUGGGCAGCUAUCUCGGCACCUUGGUACCGAGAUUUCGGUCUGGGUCUAAAAGUAUUGCAGAAGCCAGACAUACGCCGCAGUCAGCAGUGGAAGAGACAGCAAAGGAGGAGGAGACAGUGACUGUUAAGGAGCCCAAGACUUCAGACGACAAUGCCAAGCGUCUCUCACUUCAGAGAGAAAAGAUAAUUGCAAGAGUCAGUGUGGAUAACCGAACCAGAGCGCUAGUCCAAGCACUGCAGAGAGCCUCUGAUGUAAAGGUCUAUAUCAACAGGGUUGAGGAACUGAGUUAUCAUCUACUAGAGUUCCCAGAAACCAAAGGUGUAGCCGUGAAGGAGAAGGUCAUUCCUUGCUUGUUGCGACUAAGACAGGCCAGUGAUGAGACUCUGCAGGCUGCUGUUCGAGAGGCUCUGUCUUUGGUGGGAUACAUAGACCCUGUGAAAGGGCGUGGCAUUCGAGUGCUUUCCAUUGAUGGUGGAGGAACAAGAGGACUGGUUGCACUUCAGACUCUGCAUAAACUGGAAGAGCUCACUGGAAAGCCAAUUUAUCAGCUGUUUGACUAUAUAUGUGGCGUUAGCACAGGGGCUAUACUAGGCUUUAUGCUGGGGCUGUUCCAGAUUCCUCUUGCUGAGUGUGAGGAUUUGUACAGGAGGCUGGGCUCUGAUGUGUUCAAACAGAAUGUCAUUGUUGGGACAGUGAAGAUGGGCUGGAGCCAUGCCUUUUAUGACAGUGAAAUAUGGGAAACCAUACUGAAGGAAAGAAUAGGAUCUGAUCUCAUGAUAGAAACUGCUAGGAAUGCAAAAUGUCCGAAGGUGGCAGCAGUGAGUACAAUAGUGAAUCGAGGAACACCUUUGAAAGCUUAUGUCUUCAGGAACUACAACCUUCCCCCUGGAGUGAAAUCGCACUACUUAGGAGGCUGUCACCACAAGCUCUGGCAAGCUCUCCGAGCCUCCUCUGCCGCACCUGGCUAUUUCCAAGAAUUUGUUCUGGGAAACGACCUGCAUCAGGAUGGAGGCUUGCUGAUAAACAACCCAUCUGCAUUGGCAAUUCAUGAGUGUAAAUGUCUGUGGCCAGAUACCCCUGUGCAGUGUGUGGUAUCUCUGGGAACCGGACGUUAUGAGACUGAGGGCAAGAACAAUGCCACCUACACAAGUCUCAAAACAAAAUUAACUAAUGUGAUCAGCAGUGCCACUGACACAGAAGAAGUUCACAUAAUGCUUGAUGCAUUGUUGCCUCCAAAUACAUAUUUCCGUUUCAACCCUCACUUGAAUGAGGAUAUACAGUUGAAUGAAAACCGGAAAGAAAAACUGAACCUGUUGCAGACAGAAGGGACUCGUUAUCUGGAGAGGAACGAGGAGAAGCUUAAAAAAGCUGCUGAAAUACUACUGCAGAACAAGACGACUUUUCAGAGAGUAAAUGACUGGAUAAAAUGUAAACGUGACAUGUAUGAUGGCCUGUCACGUUUAUCAAAAUUGUAAUGCAACUAGCAAAGCAAAAUGGAGAACUCAAGUUGAGUUCAGCCCUAUUAGUCUAAGUGGAAAGAAAGGGAACAAGUCACGUGUAGGAAACAUCAUGACUUCCAGAGCAGUAGAAGACUGGAGCCAUAUGUUUCAGUCAUGCAGAAGCUUCAGAUUAGUUUUGCUUUCUGAAAAAGCACUUGACAGCAGUUUAAUUUUAAUGCAAUAGUGUCACCAGCAUCAUUUUAUUGUUCUUACCUGUGAUUAUUUAUUUAAAUCAGUUUCAGUGUUUGACAACAUAAAAUGCAGUUUUUUUCUUUUGAAAUUAUUAUUACGUGUAAUCACAAAUGUAGUGUGCCAUACUUAGUUCCCCCUUGCCCUCUUAUUUUCAUUAUAUCAUUAAUUUUGAAAUAUAAUUAAACCAACAAGCAUGCACUAAACCUACCAUUACAAUUCCACUGUUUCCAUGUUUCCAGUCUCAUUUGAAGGUUCCACUAAAUGUCUGAAGUGUCUCAAUACACUUAGAUUUUCUUUUGUUAAUAGGAAUGCCUUUUUCUAUAAUGCUUGAUUGAUACUAUAAUUUAAAUUAAAAUAAAUGCUUGUAUUUCAACAAAUGACAUAAUCUAGUUCCUCUAUACAUGUGCUACUUGUAAAUUACACAACUAGAACAUGUUUAUAUUUGUCUCAUCUGUAUGUAAAUUGUAAGCACAUUGAAAUGGAAAAUAUAGACGGACAGAUAUUGCCCCUGGGUUUGUUGUCCCUAUAUCUGGGGUGGAUGUAUUUUUUAAGGUCUUCAUAAUGUAUUGUGUUACAUUACACUAUGCACAGUUGCCCAGCACUAUAUGCAGGUUAUUUUAAAAACAGAUGGCCACUCUGCUGCUUUGUUGGAAAGACCAUGCCUAGUCAAAGGUGUUUUGUGACCCAGUGACAAGGUUGCAUUCUGCUGCUUUUAAUGUAUUGCAUUUGGACCCCAACCCGAGACAAAUGUGGGUGAUAUAUAGCAGUUAACCCCAUUGUCCUGCACAGUGUUCCUCAACAACCCAUAUUAGUAACCCUACAAUCUUUUCCCCAGUCAUUUGCUACCUCCAUUUAAGAAUUCCUAAUUGCUCUGCAUAUCCACUGCAGCUAAAUGAAGUUGUGAAGAGACUUUAUAAUCACCCUGUAUAUUCUCAGCAGUUUUUUUAAGUAGGACAGUAGGGCUUCUGUUUUGACAAGUUUAAUUUCUGGUGCGUAGCAAGUUGAGACCUUGGAAUAAAGUUGACCGUGUUUAGAAAGGAAGGUUUGUUUUGUAUGUCAUUUUUAUGAAACAAUACAUUGUGUUGUACGGUAGGUUAGUUAAAAUAACCUAUUUAAAGUCAAAGUGAAUAAUGUGCUAAACCAUAUUUAUUUAAACAGUGGUGAAAAAUGAUAAUCAGAGGUUUUCAGUAAGUAGAACAUAUGAUGUACUAAUUGGAAACUGACCACUUAUAAUUGCUACUAGGCUAAGCAUGCAAAGAAAAACAAAUAAAAAAAAAAU